AUGCAAUUACGACGAGUAACGCUGGGAAUAUUUUAAGCUAAAACGGCUUGCCAUACUGGUGAAAUGAGACACCGCUUCCUGGUGUGUGUUCAUGAUGAGGAGUGUGUGGGGAAGUAGCAGCAUCUUCUGGGAACUUUGCUUACGCACUCCGAGCUUCAGUGAUUCAGUUCAGAGACCACAGGAGAUGCUUUAAGAGUUCUCAGCGGUCAAGAAAAACUUUGGGACACUGAAGUGAAGAAAUGGCAGGUGACAAAACUACAUCUGAGGAUGUGCGCUCCUCCAGAGUCAUCAGGGUGGUUUUCUUGGCACUGCUGCUUGACUUGCUGGGCUUCACAUUAAUACUUCCUCUGCUCCCCUCCAUCUUGGACCACUACAGUCAAACUGGGGACGGUGUGUAUCAGUCGUUACAGAGCGUAGUGGACUGGUUCAGAGGGGCGGUUGGAGUUCCUAUGGAAACGAAAUAUAACAGUGUUCUUUUUGGAGGUCUGAUAGGCUCUCUCUACUCUCUGCUACAAUUUCUGUCAUCACCCAUUACUGGGGCUCUUUCAGAUAAAUAUGGAAGAAAACCACUGCUGCUGUUAACAACUGUAGGUCUCAUGGCAUCCUACGUUCUGUGGGCUUUCUCUCACAGUUUUACCAUUUUUCUGCUGUCUCGAGUGGUUGGAGGAAUUUGUAAGGGUAAUGUCAGCCUGUGCACUGCUAUUGUGGCGGACCUGCCUUGCCCUAAAGCAAGAAACAAGGGAAUGGCAAUGAUUGGUGUUGCGUUCUCCUUGGGGUUCACACUGGGUCCAUUAAUGGGAGCAUACUUUGCUCUGAGUCUCAAAGACACUGAGGUGUUUUAUCAAGGCCCCGCCUUGCUGGCUGUCCUUUUUUCUUUAGCAGACCUGCUUUUUAUUUUCUUCAUGCUGCCAGAGACUUUACAAAAGGGUGCAUCAGAGUCUUCAGGUAUUCAACACUCUGGGGAUCUUCUUUACCCUGUUGCACUUUUCAAUUUCACUGCCCUCACAAGAACAAAGAAUGCACCAUCUGAGCAAAAAAUGCUAAAUCUUAAGGCGCUUGGAUUGGUUUACUUCUCAUAUCUGUUUCUCUUCUCUGGGUUGGAAUUCACCUUGAGUUUUCUGACACAUCAGCGCUUUCAAUUUUCCAGCAUGCAGCAGGGGAAGAUGUUCUUUUUUAUCGGCAUUACCAUGGCAGUGAUCCAGGGCGGAUAUGCCCGCAGGAUCAAACCAGGUCAUCAGAUCCAGACUGUUAGCGUGGCAAUUAUAUCACUUAUACCAGCAUUCUUGCUCGUUGGAAUAGCAUGGAAUUUGAUACUGCUUUAUUCUGGCUUAUUUUUGUACUCUUUUGCUGCUGCUAUUGUUGUUCCAUGCCUUUCAACACAAGUGUCUGGACACGGCUCAGCCAGUCAGAAGGGGACAGUAAUGGGAAUCCUUCGGAGUCUUGGAGCUUUAGCUCGAGCACUUGGACCUACUGUGGCUUCUUCCGUGUACUGGUUGGCUGGAGCAGAAAUAUGUUUUAUAAUCAGUUCAACGUUCUUUAUAGUCCCUCUGAUUUUACUGGUCCGGCUGAGGAGACAGAAGGAGGAAUGAGAUCGAGAGUUUUAGGAUUCACUCUUGUGUCAUAAGAGGGUCAGACCUCUUUUUUCUUAUUGAAAGCAUUAAAGUCCACUCAAGAAAGUUCCUCUUAAAGUGUUUACAGUGAAAAACAAUAAAAAGUACUUGUGCUUAUGGAAAUUUGUUUACUUAAAUGUUAAAAAAAAUACUGUAAAUAGUAAGACGUAUGUCACAAAUGUAUUUUUUACAACACUUAAUUAACUCAAAAGAUAUGCAUAUGUUUAUGCCUCUGUGUCAGUGAUACCGUUUUAUAAGAAUUACAUUACAUGUUUGGCUUAUGUAGCUAUAUAUGCACUGGUAUAUGUAUAUUUUUAUGUGUGUUUAUAUAUCAAAAUAUGUGGAUACUGAAUGUAUCUUUUCAAUCAAUAAUAAUAAAAAAAAGAUUAAUAAAUAAUGGU